AUUUUCUUUUUCUGAAAACAAAAGAUCCUCCUUCAGACAAGAGUUGCUUAAACCAUAAACCUCUCAAAGCCUUUAGGAGACAGAACAGGCUCCACUUCCUUCUCUUUCCUAAUACUACUAUUUUUCGACCAUCACGUUUUCUCGAGAUUUGAAUCUUCUUUUGGAUGAACUAAAGAUAAAAUAAAAAAAAAAGGGAUGAAGAUUCAGUGUAACGUGUGCGAGGCGGCGGAAGCGGCGGUGCUAUGUUGCGCAGAUGAAGCUGCGUUGUGUUGGGCUUGCGAUGAGAAAGUUCACGCCGCUAAUAAACUCGCCGGAAAACACCAGAGAGUCCCUCUCUCUGUCUCCUCCUCUUCCAUACCCAAAUGCGAUAUCUGUCAGGAAGCUUCUGGAUUCUUCUUCUGUCUGCAAGAUAGAGCUUUGCUAUGUAGGAAGUGUGAUGUGGCAAUCCACACUGUCAACCCUCAUGUUUCAGCUCACCAGCGGUUUCUUCUUACUGGAAUCAGAGUUGGUCUUGAGUGUACGGACACUGGUCCUUCUACAAAACCUUCACCAUCCAAUGAUGACAAAACCAAUGAGGCAAAGAAAGUUACUCUGCCAACAUCAGAGCCUCAGAAGAUGGACUUUGAUCAUCAUCAUCAUCAGCAGGUUGUUUUACAGGAAACUAAUGUCAGUGAUCACAUUUCGACGAAGCUUCCUUUUGCAAGCAGUGGAUCAGCGGCUGGGAGCAUUCCUCAGUGGCAGAUAGAGGAGAUUUUCAGAUUAACUGACUUUGAUCAGAGCUAUGAAUACAUGGAGAUUAAUGGAUCAUCUAAGGCGGAUACUAGCAGGCGAGGAGAUUCAGACAGUUCUUCGAUGAUGCGGUCUGGAGAAGAAGAUGGAGAAGAUAGCAAUAACUGCUUGGGAGGUGAGACAUCAUGGGCUGUUCCACAGAUUCAUUCUCCACCAACAGCUUCUGGUCUGAACUGGCCUAAACAUUUUAACCACCACUCAGCAGUGUUUGUUCCGGACAUAUCUUCUUCAACUCCAUACACCGGUUCUUCCCCUAACCAGAGGGUUGGGAAACGGCGGCGACGGUUCUAGCCAUUCUCAACAAACCGGCCGGUUUGUCAAGAGAUGUGACUCAAUGUGUUAUUGUAGUUGGCUUGGGACUUAAUGUUGAGUGUUCUUUGUUAUAUUAAUGGAAAAACAUAAUUUUUGAAUU